CAUUUUGAUAAUUAAAUGUUUUAAUCCAGAACAUUCUAAGAGAUAUGUUGAUUUGAAUGUCAACACAGAGAGGAGACAUGUAGUGAUGUCACAUAGGUUGCUUGGCAGCAAAAACAGUUCAUAUAAAAAAACUGCAGUUGGAGAUUCAGAAUCACUUGCAACUUUGUGCGAUUGAGUCAAGUUGUACAAUUUGAAACUUGUAAAACAGGUUUUUAUCAUCGAACUACUGAAGAUGAUGGAGAAAGAAACGAAUAAGAAGCAUGAUCCUGAGGCGGAUAUGAAACAUCAUCCGGAUGAGGAAAAAACAAGCAGCAGCCGGUCUAAAAGAGUCCCGGUGAAAAGAAAGGCCUGCUCUGAUGAUGACGGAGAAACAAAAAAGAGGAAAGUUGACCCAUCUGAGCCUGCAGAGCCCAUGAAGCCCACCGGAGUAAAGAAUAAGAAAGAGUUUCUGGAGAAACUGAAGAAGAUCGUGGAAAAGAGCACCUUUUUCAGUCGAACCAACACCUCCUCUGUCAAUACCAGCGAAGAUGACUUUGAAGCUAAAUACGAGCAGAUGGAGCAGUUGGGUGAAGGAGGCUUUGGAUGUGUUUUUGGCGGCUUCCGCAGAUCAGACAACCUGCAGGUGGCCAUCAAACGCAUUGAAAAAGGCUUCGAUCUAAAUACAGAGGUGGAUGAACACGGACAGUUCAUUUGCGCGGAGGUGGCCGUCAUGCAGAAGCUCAAAGACCCACAGCUACAGUCUCCAGAUAAAGCCUCCCCCGUGGUUCUGCUGGACUGGUACGAUCUGAAGGAGGAGAUCAUCCUUGUAAUGGAGAGACCGAUCCCAGCCACAGACAUGGAGGAUUACCUGAAGAGCAGAGGAGGCAAAAUAGAGGAAGAUGAAGUUAAGAUCAUCAUGAAACAGCUGAUCCAGACAGCUGUGGAUCUUGAAGAGAGGCACAUCUUCCAUCGGGACAUCAAAAUUCAAAAUGUCCUGAUUGAGACGAGCUCCAGUGUCCCGCGUGCUCGCCUCAUCGACUUUGGACUGAGCUGUUUCACUAAGGAGACAUCCGUGUUCACAGACUUUGCAGGCACAUUGAGUAUUGCUGCCCCAGAGUCUAUGUUUGGCUCUGGCUACAGAGCAGAACCAACCACAGUGUGGCAGCUUGGAGUGGUUGGGAAUGAGGCUUUACAUGGAGUGGGCUUCAACACCAGAAAGUUUGCAAUGAAUAAGCUGAAGAUAAGGGAAGACCUGUCCCCGGACUGCAAAAGUUUUUUGAAGAAGUGUCUGAGGUUUUCCCCUGCAUUCCGGCCCAAGCUGAAGGAGCUGCUGCAGCAUCCAUGGCUGAUAUAAUCUGACACACACACACACACACACACACACACACACACACACACGCACGCAACCACACGCACACACACACACAGACAUCCACAACAUUACAGUAACAUCUUAACAGAGCUGGACGAUGUGAACAAGAUAUCAACUCUCUGUGUUUUUGUCAUUUAUUACAGCAGCUCUGCCAGCAAACCUAAAGAAACAUCUUCAUCAGGAAAACAGACAAGAGAACUUCAAAAGAAGGCGGGGUCACAUUUAGAUGAGAUUCCACUGGUGCUGCCACAAAACCACAAAGAGAAGAAAACGAAUAGGUUAAAAACAAAAGCAAACCACAAAACACAUCUUCAGCAAACCAAAGAGCGUCAUAAGAGGGCGGGGUCACAUUUAGAUGAGGAAAGCACAUCAGUGAAACCAGGCGACUGGGUGUUCAUCAAAGUCCUAAAGAGGAAGAACUGGACCAGCCCAUGGUGGGAGGGACCAUACCAAGUCCUUCUAACCACACCCACAGCUAAAGACGGACAUGUCGCCAUGGUGACCCCUAAAGGAAUCAGCCUCAAGACAAAGAAGAGUUUAUGUCAUCAAUACAGAGUCCCCAGAGGCUGGAGGGAUUCCUUCUGCAGCUCUUUCAACCCCUCAGCCAUCGGUGAAAGGGCCAUCUCUCGUUGAAUUGCCUUUCCCGAGGGUUCUUCCUAAAUUGGCCUCACAGGGAGUUUUACCUCGUCUUCAUUGAGAGCUUGGGUUGGGGGGCGGAGCAUGCACCAACCACAGCGGGGUUCUAAUUACAAUUGGGCAGCAGAAGUAAAGAGUACCCAUCACAUGUAUUAAUAGAUCAAUUUAGACUCCUUAAAUUAGAAAAUAAACUUUUAUUAUAAUUUGUAUAUUUUACUACAUAUUUUACUUAAUUAACAGAUUAUAAACAGUGGCUAAUUCUAGUAUUAUAAUGCUAAUUUCUGCACAUACAUUGUUAAUUUGUGGGCAAAAAUUGCUCAUUUGUUAUCACAACACAAAAUGCUAAUUAACAGGCACAAAAUCCUACCUUUGUGCAGAAGAUACUAAUUUGUGUACACAAAAUUUUAAUUUGUCCGAAAAAAAUACCAAAUUGUGUUUACAAAAUGCUCAUUUAUGGAGAGAAAAUCCAAUUUAUGAGCAUAAAAUACUAAUUUGGGUGCACAAAAUCUUAUUUAUGUGCCCACUAAAUACUAAUUUGUGUAACAGAAUUCUAAUUUGUCCAAACAAAAUACUAAAUUGUGUUUACAAAAUGCUAAUUUAUGGGGACAAAAUCUAAUUUAUGAGCAUAAAAUACUAAUUUAUGUAUUAAAAACACUAACUUGAUGCAACAAACUAUUAAUUUAAGGAAACCUAAAGUGUCUCUGAUUAAAACUAAAUGACGAGAACCAAACCAAAUUGCCGUGAAAUUGUACAUUUUUUCUUCUGUUUUUUAACCAUAAAAUCAUCAGGAAUUUCUGUAGUCAAUAAAAAUGGGACUUUUUACUUCUUA